CAUCAUCACGACUACACGAGCCACGUGGACCUCACUGGAUCUCACACACCUAAAAUCGGAUACAGAAUAGAGCGCUACGAAAAGCCCCGGAUGAACAACAUCCUGACGUCACAGACAGAGCCGUACGACCUGUCGUUCUCUCGUUCCUACCAGAACCUCACUCACCUCCUGCCUUCGUACGACAUGCCGCUGAAAUCCGACCGCGGUGAUGAUGACUAUUACGGGAGGAAACUCCACCUACCUGACGUGACUCCGAAGCUGGUGAAGUUGGCUCCGGAGACACCGGUGCAGCGAGUGAAGCCACGUCGUGUGCAGCGUGCAAUGUCUCAGGACCACGUUCUCUCGCCUGUUGUCUCACGCCGUGACUACGUCGCACCUGCGUACAACUUUUCGCAGGAUAUGCUCUCGGCCGAUCGCUUGCAGUCCCGGGAUCCUUUGCUCUCGCCGGACAAGCUGCUGUCUCUGAGGCGAGCCGACUUGCGUGAGAAGUCGAUGGCUCGUGCCCUCUCGCACACGGACAUGUUUGUGCCUCCCACGCCCACCAUCGAGCGACACCACAGGAUGGCGAAGGCACACUCGCAUUCACAGCAGAGCGACGGGGCCAGCGACGACAGCUACAGGGGGAAUGAUGGGCUGCUGAGCGUCAGCGGCAACAAGAGGCAGGCGUUUGCCUCAAGACGGACACACACGGUCGACCACCUGCAGUAUAUACCUGGGCAUCACCAUCAUCAGUACCGCACGGCCAGCAAGAACGAAGUGACGGUGUGAAAACAGGGACCGAGGCAGAGGGAGGAAGACAGAAGGAAAAAUGUUUAUUGCAUGGAAUAUACAGAAAGGAGAGUAUGAGAAAGAGAAAUAAAUAAGAGAAUAGAAGAAGAGAAAUAGGAAACAUCGGUGUAGCAAAGCCAGCAAAACAGAAGUGACAGUUUAAAUACAGGUAAAGAGGCAGAGCAAAGAACUAAAAGGAGGAGGUUUGGAAACAUUAAGAUUACCAAGCGAUUUUCUCACAGUUCAGAGUGAAAGAACGAGAAAGACUGGGCAGGAGGUCACUGAACACUCGAUGUGUGUG